AUGACUGAAGAAUUUCUGGCAAAAGCAUUACCAAUUAUCAAGCAAAUUGCGCGUGAAUCAGGCGAAAUCAUCAUCAAACACUACGAAAGUCACGAUUUCACAGAAAUUACAAAGACAUCUGCCGCAGAUAUCCUUACACAAGCUGAUCUAGACAGUGAUAAGCAUAUUAGAGAAGAGUUGAAGAAACAUUUCCCAGAAGCAGGCAUGAUUACAGAAGAAGGUGAUGAUAUCCCACCAAAAGUUCGUGGAGAAAAUGAAAUCUGGUUCUGUGCAGAUCCACUUGAUGGAACAACAAACUUUUCAUGCGGAGUACCUUACUUUUCUGUUAGCAUUGGUAUACUUGAUUCUAAUCAUCGUUCAAUCGGUGGCUGCAUCUAUGAUCCAAACAGAGAUGAAAUGUUCUGGGCCAUACGCAACCACGGAGCUUUCCUUGAUACAAAAGGUCAAUCAAAGCAAAUUCAUGUUAGACAUCGUACAGAAUUAGUUAAUUGCUUAGUUGCUACGGGAUUUUGCUCAGACCACCUUACCAAUCCAGACAACAAUCUCAAAGAAAUCUCGUUGAUACUUCCUAAAGUUCGCUGCAUCAGACGUUGGGGUGGAACUUGUUUGGACAUGUGCUACGUUGCUGCAUCCAGAUUUGACGCAUAUUGGGAACAAGGACCACAUAUUUGGGAUGUGGCAGCUGCUUGGGUCAUUGCCGAAGAGGCUGGAGCAAUAGUUUCUGGAUAUGAUGGAAAACCUUUCAAUAACGAGUUCCUUCACCAACCAAAGCUCAAUAUUUUGUGUGCCCCGGUUGAAACACACGCUACUUUCUCUCAGCUUAUUAUGGAAGCUAGGAAAGAUUUAUAA